ACUUUGUUUUGCUGCUCAAUUUCUUGUUCAAAGUACCGAUAGCGAUAAAUUGGUAUCACUGUCCAGGGCUGCAAGCUGUGACCCUAAAACAGCUGAUAAGGCACUCUUCCCAGUUUCGUUUGCCGGCAAUGGCAAUUGUUUUUAGGGUGAAGAUUUCUUAUCAAAGGCCGAUUAGUAAAUUCUUUAAUAUACAUAUGUUGGUGCAAUACUUAUGUAUAUAGGGACUUCAAACCCAAAGUUCAAAUACUUCCCGCCAAAUACUCUACGAAUAAUCGACAACGCCGAUCAUUGCGCCGCUCUCAAAGUUUAUAAAUAGAUCAGACAUUCUCCAGCAUCGCCAGCAGCAGCAGCCGCUUCCGCCGCAGAUAGGAAUAUCGGUGCGUAGACUUAUGCGUGAGGCGCCUUCGAGAGACGAAAUGAAAUGUAAUUAGUAAUAAUCGGCGGUAGUUGUGACAUGACGUGGACAUGCGCGUAAUUGUGGUUUUGCUUUUAAUUUGUGCACUGAGCACUGGCUCUCUGACAGUACAGGGCUAUGAAGACGAUCCCCGGUCGAAGCUGCCUGCGGACCUGGACUAUCAACCGCCUACAGUCCUCAUUACGGUACUGGUGCGCAAUAAGGGUCAUGUAUUGCCAUAUUUUCUAAGCUAUUUAGAGAAGUUGGACUAUCCAAAAGAACGCAUUUCCUUAUGGUUGCGCUGCGAUCAUAGCACCGAUAACAGCAUUGAGGUGCUGCAACAGUGGCUUGAGCACUCGUCUGAUCUAUACCACAGUGUGAACUAUGAUCUCGACAACGUCACCAGUUCGUACCGUAACGAAAGCUCACCCAACGAUUGGCCCGUCUCGCGGUUCAAACAUGUUAUUGAACUUAAGGAGCAAGCUAUGGCGUAUGCACAAUCUAUUUGGGCCGACUUUAUAUUCUUCUUAGACGUGGAUGUUUUACUCACAGCUCCACAGGCACUCAAAUCGCUUACCAGCUUGCGGUUGCCCAUUGUAGCACCGAUGCUGCUCUCGGAGGGUCUUUAUUCGAAUUUCUGGUGCGGCAUGACAUCGGAUUAUUAUUAUCAGCGCACUGAUGAAUAUAAAGAGAUAUAUUAUGUGAAGAAGGAGGGUGUGUUCGAAGUACCUAUGGUACACACCGCUGUAUUGGUGGACAUGAAUUAUAAAGGCGCUCGGUAUUUGACAUUCGAUCGGAAAAAAUUAAUGGAAAUGCAAAAAUAUCACAGCGAAUGGUCCCAAGCAGAGCAAAAGCACGUACGGCCAUAUAAUGGCCCAGUGGACGACAUCAUCGUAUUUGCCAUCUCAGCCAACAGUUCGGGCAUACCAUUGUUUGUUUCGAAUCAGAUUCCCUUUGGCUAUGUGCUACAGCCUCUAGAGACGAGCGACACGAUCGAUCAGGAUAUUCAGCAAAUCGUCAAUAUAAAGGCGAACAUGGUACAUGACCUUGGUGCUGUGCCGCCAGUGUUGGAUUAUUUACAGCCCUAUCUCUAUAAACCAGAGAAAACAAAGUUAACGUUGGACCAUAUUUAUAUGAUCAAUUUGGAGCGACGGCCGGAGCGAAGACAGAAAAUGGAAAAUCUCUUCGCAGAGUUGGCACUAGACGUGGAACACUUUUCAGCAGUGGAUGGCAAAGCACUCAACGCAGACAUUGUCAAAGAUAUGGGUAUCACAAUCUUGCCAGGCUAUGAGGAUCCCUAUCAUCAUCGUGCCAUGACAAUGGGCGAGAUUGGUUGCUUUUUGAGUCACUAUAAGAUCUGGCAGAAAAUUGUGGAGUUGGAACAAAAGGAAGUCCUCAUUUUAGAGGAUGACAUACGUUUUGAGCCCUACCUCAGAUCGAAUGCCGUGCGUGUUUUAGAACAGGCCAGAAGUGUGGUCGAGUACGACCUUAUCUAUUUCGGUCGGAAACGUCUGAAGGAAAACGAGGCAAGAGUUGACAGAGCAGACAACCUCGUGCAUGCCGGCUAUUCGUAUUGGACGCUUGGAUAUGUCAUCUCGCUUCAAGGCGCCCGCAAGCUUCUUGCGGCUAAGCCACUUGAAAAGCUUAUACCUGUUGAUGAAUUUCUUCCAGUCAUGUUCGAUCGUCAUCCGAAUCAAACCUGGAGCAGCGCAUUUAAGGACCGCAAUUUAAUUGCCUUCAGUGCUGCACCUCUGCUGCUUUAUCCUACACACUAUACCGGAGAGACAGGCUACAUUUCGGACACUGAGGACUCUGUAGAAGUGACUGCGGCAGCGGAAAGUGUGGUCGGUGGGGCGCGAUUAAAAAGCGAUCGCGAACAAAUAUUUGCCAACGAUGAAAACAUUUUGGAAAAAGAGCUGCAAUUGAGAGAAAGCAGCAGCAAUUCUUUGCCUAAUGUAGCUGGCAGCAUUGCCAAAAAUCAUCAAGAACUAUAAGUUCGAGUUCUGCAUGAGUGUUUCACUUGAGUGUAGCAAUUCAGUGUGAAGGUAACGGCUCACAGCAUGAAAUAUAGAACUCUCUCCGACAGAUCUAAGUAGCUUAAAUAUGACAUUGACGAUUAAUCUCACUCUUUACUUGUAAUCGAACAUUGAAUGUCUGCUUGAACAUCUGCAGUGGAAAUCAAGCGAUAUUUUAACUACAUAACCGUUUCGCACUCAUGCAGGCAGUAGUGGAAGGACAAACGAAUUUCUUUAAUGCCAAAUUUGUACACUAAGUUUACUAAACAAAGUGCCUUAACGUAUUACUUAUAAGCUCACACCAACUUACUCGAAUCAAAUCCAACGAAUGUUCAUUCAGCUAGCUUUAGUUUCUUACUAUGCAUAUCUCUGUGUAAUAUUAGUUAUGUGUUUAGCUAAAUAACUAUUAUGUAUAAAGUCGCAUAUCAAGUGUGUGUUUUCUGUAAUUGCCUUUAAAAUGCAA